GAUUAUUUUUGAAAUUUUGUCUUCAUUUUAUAUACUUUAAAAUAAAAACAAAGUCUGCUCAAUGACGCUGAACCACUCUCAUCUAGUGGACGAAUAAAAAAAUGAAAUCUAAAAGAACCCCAACACAGCAACACCACCAAUCAACCAAUUAUUCCCUUUCAAAUCUCCAUUUUCUCUCUCCCAUCUCUACACAAUAACACCCAAACCCCAUUUGUGUUCUACCUUUCCACCAUAACCUCCAUCGGGAAAUCUUCAAUUUGUUUAUAUUCCGGCAAUGGUUUCCCCGGAAAACACCAAUUGGAUCUACGAAUACGGAUUGAUUGAUGAUAUUGCUGUACCUGAUGCUAAUUACACCGUUCCUGUUUCUGGAUUCAGUUGGCCAAUUCAAGCGACCUUAAACGGUUCCUCAUCAAACCCUAGUUUGGAUCUUGAUGGCUCAACUGUGGAUUCAGACAGCCAUAAUGACUCCAGAUCCAAAAAACGGGGAAGAUCUGAAUCUUGCAGUGGUACAAGUAGCAAAGCAUGUCGAGAGAAAUUGAGAAGAGAUAAACUAAAUGACAAGUUUCUUGAAUUGGCCUCAAUUCUGGAACCCGGAAGACCACCUAAAAUAGAUAAAGCUGCAAUUUUGGUUGAUGCUGUUCGAACAGUCACUCAAUUACGAAAAGAAGCACAGAAGUUGAAAGAUUCUAGUUCUGAUCUUCAAGAGAAAAUCAAAGAGCUCAAGACUGAAAAGAACGAGCUUCGUGAUGAGAAGCAGAGGUUGAAGAUUGAGAAAGAGAAGCUUGAGCAACAGGUAAACACCAUGAACGCACAACCAAGCUUCAUGCCAAUGGCUCAUCAUCCACCUGCAAUCCCUGCUGCUGCAUAUGGAGGCAAUAAGUUGGUUCCGAUGAUUAGUUACCCAGGCAUGGCGAUGUGGCAAUUCAUGCCGCCUGCUGCUGUUGACACCUCACAAGAUCAUGUCCUCCACCCUCCGGUGGCCUAAUUCCGGCGAUCUUUGCAUUUAUGUUCAGGCAGGUUGUCAUUGAUCUAUGACUCUGUAUUAGGUUUCCGUUUGUAUAACUACGAUCAAACACACUAUUAUUAUAAUUUAACCGUUUAUGUGUGUGAUUUGUGUUCACAACUUGCACUCUAACUGUUUGUUUGAUGAAAUGCCCCUUGAAAAAAAAAUCCGUAUGUUUCCUUUAAAUCGUGAACCAAAUAUACAAAGCCUUAUGUGUAUAUAUAUAAUACAAAAAAAAGCGCAUGAAGUAUUGCGAUUGUUGUGGCCUAUGGUCUAAUGUGGCAGGACUUGAUGAACUUAUCUGAGAAGUCGACAUAUUUAGUCCAUAGUUUACGAAGCUGUGGAAACGCUAUAUCUAACCAAGGUUUCGCUCUGCCAUUAAAAUGAACAACAGCAGCACGUUCAACAUCUGCCAUGGUUGAAUUCUCCUGGUAGCCGAGGCCCAACAUAUGCCAGAAAGGAUCGAUAACUUGCACAUGUCCAUGAAACGCGAUCAAUCCUGGAGGUAACGUUCCUAGCUGCCAUAAACUUAGAUCCGAUUUCAAAUUC